AUGGUUGUAGGCUACGGUAUUCGGUUUGAGGAGUAUUAUGAUCAGUUGAGAAAGUUGACUGGCAUAGUGAUCAAAAGAUUUCUUCAGGAUUUCAGUGACGGCCUCAACCGAAAUGAAGGUUUACAAGUUGUCUUGAAUGCCAUCCUGCGAGCGAUGAUUCCUCUGCUUCAUAUUGCAUUAUUAGUCUUGUUUGUAAUUUUAAUCUACGCUAUAAUAGGCCUAGAGCUGUUCUGCGGGAAAUUGCACUCUACCUGCGUUGACCCUGCCACCGGUCAGUUAGCUCAAAAAGAUCCUACACCAUGUGGAAAUGAAGGCUCAGCGUUCCGCUGUAUACCAUCGGACGCCCUCACUGACAUGGGUGUGAAAUGGGAAUGUUCGCCGAACACCACCUGGCCUGAUGCAGUUAUAAAGAAACUUUUCCGCAUGCGACCUCCUAUGUAG